AUGAUAGAAACAAAAGUGAAAGGUUUAAAUCAUAUUGCUGUUGAUCCUGCCAGUAUAAAAAACCUAGAUCUGAAAAACGUUACAACUAGUCCGUUUGCGCAAUCCGAAACGCGAUAUAUUACACCUGUUAGAGUGAAUUUUAAAGAUGUUGGAGCAUUCAGUAAAGGAAAUAUUGUUUUGUGUGAUAGUCCAGGUUUUGAGGACACUGGUGGACCCGAAGUAGACAUUGCAAAUGGGAUAGGAAUUGUUCGAGCAAUUCAAGAAUGUCAAAGUGUAAGACCAGUCAUUUUAAUUAGCUAUAAAAAUAUUGGCGAUCGAUUUGAACGUUUGAAAAGUCUAGCACAUAUGUUGGUGGGACUGAUACCUACAAUUGAAGACAAUAUAAAUGCUUUCUCCUACAUAUUUACCAAAUAUCCUUUACAUGAACGAGCAACAAUUCAUGCUUCAUUGAGGAAUGUGAAAGAAAAAAUGAAUGAUGAAGAAACAUCGGACAUUGCUUUAAUUAGUUUAUUUGAUGAUAUGAUACGCAAAACAAAAAGAGGCGCACUAUGUAUAGAUCCAAUCAAUGAUGAUCCAGGGGAAAUUCUUGAUGAACUCGCAAAAUCUGCUACAAUUUCCCAUCCUGAAGAAGUUUUCCGAUUUUUCAUCACAGAAAAGUCGAAAACUAUUGUAAAAGAACAAGUAAGAAAACAUCAGUUCAAUAUUAUGUCUGCAACAAAGCGUUUUGAAUAUUUAUUUGUUAAAUAUAAAUUGGAUCAACUGAAACAAUUAAGUGAGUUGCUUGAUCUAGAUUAUAUCAAACAAAUUUAUCAUGAUUCUAUUCGACAUGUCAGUAAGCACUUCAAUCAAGAGUAUGAAGAAGGUGUAGACGUGUUGCAUCGUUGCCUUGUGAACCAACAAGUAUUAAACGCUGAAGUCAUUAGACAAUUACAAGCUUACAUCGAACACGCUGUGCUCGCAGAAGAUUUAAGGAAAGUACAUUUAGGGAAGGGAGUCGUUUCAAGUAGCGCAUUUAUUCAAUAUAUGAAUGAACAAGUCGAUAGUUUACUCAAAAAUUUAGAACAGAAAAAUAUUGAUGAUCCAUCAGUGAAAGCUAGUUUAGAUACCUUAAAACUUCUUUCUAAUUCUUUUUCAGACACCAUUAUAAAAUAUAGGAAUGUGUGUCAAAUAUUCGAUAUAAAACUCGAAAGCUUAAUUGACUCUUUCAAACAAUUAAUAUCGUCUCAAGACUUUGAAAAGAUUGCUAAUGAAAUGACGAAAUUAUAUGGUGCUCAAACAACGUUGCAAGGUCACAUAGAUCGUCAGAACAUUGAAAGAAAAUAUGCGCAGCUCCAGGAUUAUUUUCUUGAAAAUCUAAAAGAUUCUGUAGAAAAGCUAAAUGAUAUAUUCAAACAAGAAAAACUCGACAAAAGUGACGUAGAUCGAUUAAAUGAUUGCAUAGGUAUGUUAGACUCUGUUAAAAAUACAUACUCCCUUCAAGAACAUAUUCCGAUUGAAAAAGUCCAUGAAACAUAUGACGAAUUACUAUUAAAGAUAUGCGACUAUUUUAAUGAAACUGUUAAAAAAAUCGAUGUACAACUUGAGAAAGAAAAUCCUUUUGAAAAAUUAGAACAAUCAAUGAAACAAAUAGAUUUGAUAAGAACAAUUUCCAUCAUAGAAUUGAAAACAUCUCAAUCCUAUUUUAGUACAUUGGAAAAAGUUUGUGGAUAUAUAAGAGAAUUAAAAAGAGAUGUUGAAAAUAUAUUCAAAGCAUUCUUUCGAGACGAAGGACAAAUUGAUUACGUUAAACUCACAGAGCAUUUGUCUAGACUAAAAAGUGUAGAAUGGUUUAAGGAGUAUCGACCUGACGUUUAUUCAGAAGUAACAACAAAUAUUGAACAACAGAUCAUUCAGCAUGUUGAAAAAUUGUCACAAUCUGCUAUGUUGAUUAAUUUAGAUCUUGACAAUUACAAUAAACUUCAGUACGUCUAUAAAAUUGUAUCUGAAAUCAAUGCAAUAAGACCGAUAGAGCAAAUAAUUGAGCAUAUAGGUCAACGCAUAGAUGAAGUGAAUACUUGGUUCGACAAAAUGACUAAUAUUGUAUUUGCCAUGAUCUAUGAUAUUUUUAGUUUAGAGAACUAUAAACAACAAGACUACCCAACUUAUGACAUUAACAAGCUUGAAAAAGCGUUUUAUUAUUUGGACGCUUGUAAAAAAAUUCCUAUGUUAUCCAAAAGUGAUUUAGUCUUAAAUGAUUUGAAAGAGUUUGUAAGACAGUUUUAUUUUCACAUUCAAACAGAAAUGGAAAACUAUUUUGAAAGUAUCAAACAAUAUCCAAAUGAAAGUAAGGAAAUUACAUUGAAAAAAGCACGACUACUAUCAAAUCGUCUACAAGAAUUAGAUGAAUUAAAGACCCAACAUAGUCGUAUAUUUUCUUGUUUAUCGAAUAAAAAAGUAAUUGAUAAAUGGAAAAGAGAUUUAACUGAUUAUAAAUUUGAAUUGUCAGAUGAAAUGGAAAAGCUUCGUAUUACACAACGGGCAGAUGUGUUAACUAAUAAACUGUUCAUUACGAAAACAUUAAGCAAAUUAGAAGAAUUUUCGGAAGGUGAAAAAUAUAUCGAUAUCUACUACAAGUAUCAAAACAUUUUCUUCAUACAGAAUACUGAUGUGUGUAAGAACGUAAUAGAUGCGAUUAAAGCUGAUGAUUAUGAACGAGUCGCUACUGAAAUGAUAUCAUUACAAUCAUCAAAUGAAGUUGGACAACAUUUUUAUAAACAAGCUAGACAAGCACUUAACUAUGGUUUAAAAAAUUUGAUUGACACAACGAUAAAUUUAGCGAUUACACUAGGAAAUGAGAUAGAAAUUAAAGAUAUAAGAUUCAUAGUAGAUUAUCUGAAACGAAUGGAAACAGCAAAACAAUUUAUAUCUACCCACCUUGACGAACCGAUCUUAAUUCAAAUUGAUGAAACCUUAAAAGAAGUCGAAAGGUUAAUUGAGGAAAAAAUGAAAGUUUUCUUAGAAAGGGUAAAUGCCAAUUUCAAUGCGAACAAUUUUUAUGAAGCAGAUAAAAAAGUAGAAUUGAUAGCGGUCGUACGUACUCUGCUAGGAAAAUAUUGUACCUCAAAUAUUUCUAGAGAAAUCGAUACAUUGCGAGAAACACAAAGAAAAGUUGUGUUAGAAGAUUCAGUUAAAAAAUAUUCAGAAUUGAAUAUUUCUGAUUAUCCUUGGAAUCCACCAACCGACAUUUUUGAGAAAUUCGACGAAGUUAAAGAUACAAAUCCGAUAUAUGAACAAGCUUUAAAAAGUAUACAAAAGGUAAUUGUCGAUAAAUUCAGAGAAGAACUAAAACUAGCGACAUUAGAAAAACCACCAAACCCAGAUAACCAACACAUAAGAAAUUUCGAGUUAGCGGUCAAGUAUUUACCAGAAAAAGUGAAAAGUGCACUUGAAAUAGAAUUAAAGCACUGUAAAGAAAAUAUUCAUCGAAUCAUUCUAAAUAUUGAAGAUGAUUUAAAAUAUACAAUUAGUAGUGGAAAUUUGAGCAAAAUUAAAAAUAUUAUUCAAGAAUAUCAAAAUUCACAAGGCAUGAUGUCGUAUGCUAAUAAGGGUCAAGAACUUGCACGUAAACAAUUUCAGGAGAUUAAGUUGAAAAUAAAUGAAAAUAUUCAAAAAAAUUAUAUCAGAGAAACAUUAGAGUAUGUAAAACAACUUUAUGACAGCGAUAUCGAAUUGGGAGGAAUUGUCGUUGAAAUUAAAAAACUAUGUUCAGAAAUACAUUCUGAGCAUAUGCUCAAUAUUGAUAUCAGUAAACUUCAACAAGAAUGUCUGGAUUCAUUAGACAAAAAAGUCGCAGAAAUGUGCUCUGCUGCUGAAAAAUUAGUGGAAAAAAUUUCAACAAUAUUCAUAUUGAAAAGACAGGACUACGACAUGUUUAGUUUAUACUAUAGUAAUUUAGUUACAUUUAAAAAAGAAGUGAAAGUAAAACACGAUAGGAUUUAUGAAAACAUUGAUAAAGUUGAAAAAGCAUUUUAUGAAAUAAUUGAAAGUUGGGAAACUUCUGCUGUGCAGGAGAAAAAAAUUGAAAAAAUUAGUCGAGUCUUGAUAAACAUGAAGCAUAUUGCAAAUAAUAUUCCUUCAUGUCAGAAUAGAAUAAAUAAAGAAAUAGAUAAUCUACUUUAUCAAUAUAAAAUGGUAACAAAUGAUGCCAAAGUUUUUGCAAAAAUUGGUACAAUUUUAUUUCAAGACAAAAGUGGCGUAGGUCAUAGUAUUAUUGCUGAGCAUAAACCAUUUCAAGGUUUCUCGCUGAGCCUAUUCAAUGAAAAAACUAGAAAACAUGGUAUAGAGUAUGUGUUAGAACAUAUUAGAGGUGAAAAUAUUGACAAAGAAUUAUUAAAGAAAAGAUUCAAUGAAUUUGAUGAAAUCUAUCAUGAUUUGAUCAAAAAAUAUCUGAAGCCAGGCUUAGAAUUAAGUGAACUCAUUUAUAACACUAAACUAAUUGUCGGAAAUGUCAAACAAUCACCAAACAAGGUUCAGUGGGAUAAAAUUAUAAGAAGCAAAAUUCCAAAGUUAAUGGCACAUAUUUUUGCCUUGUGGACAUUAAACAAUGCUAACCAUUUUUUUGAAGCAGAGGACUCUUCAGAUAAGACAAAUUAUCUUCUUCAGCCACAUGCCGCCCAAGUAAUCUCUAUAUUUCGUAUGCUUGGUAUUGGUGAUGAGAAAGAAGAAUUGAAAAAUAAUUUGGUACAGAUAGGAACUGGUGAGGGCAAAUCCAUAACAUUAGGGGUCACGGCUGCUGUACUUGCACUGCUUGACUUUGAUGUAUACUCUGCAUGCUACAGUGAAUACUUGAGUCAGAGAGACUACAAUGCAUUUCAAUGGUUAUUCGAUUCAUUGGGUUUGCUGAGUCAUAUUCAUUACGGUACUUUCAAACAACUCUGUGAGAAUAUAAUUAAUGAAAAUGGUCAAAUACGUGAAUUAGUAGAACAGAUGAUUUCAACAAAUACGAGCGUUUUUACGCAAAAUAGUCAUCCGAUUAAACGUGCAAAAAUAUUGUUGAUUGAUGAAGUUGACGUUUUUUUCAGUCGCGAAUUUUACGGCAAUCUUUACACACCAUCAGCCAGUUUACGAGAUCCUACCAUAAUAGCCUUAGCUAAUUAUAUUUGGGAAAAUAGAAAAUUAAAAUUAACCUUAAAUAAAGUAAAAGCUACGAGUGAAUAUCAAACUUGUUGUCAAAAGUUUCAAAAUUGGGAACUAUUAAUUUCAGAAGCUGUCAAAGAUAUGCUUUACGAUGUGAAUAACUUUGAAUCUCAUGACUAUCAUGUUGCACAAGAUAAAAUUGGCUAUAUUGAACAGGAUAAUGUUGUCUUUAAUGUUGUUUAUAGGUAUAAAACUUUAUUUGCAUAUUAUUUAGAGAAUGAAAAAGGUAAAAUAAGUAGAAAAAGUUUAGAAGAAAAUGUGAGCAUCUAUAUAAAAUGUGGUAGCUUUUCAUAUGCUGAAAUACCACUUCAAUUCAUGUAUAUUAUGGGUGUAACAGGAACGUUAGAAACUUUAAGUGGCCCUGAAAAGGAUGUAAUAAAAAAUGUGUAUAAAAUUGUUAAGGAUACAUAUUCUCCGUCAGUGUUUGGUAAAAAUAAUCUGAAAUUUACAGAGAAAUAUGAUAUCAUGAUUGAGACAAGUGAUGAUUAUUUUAAUACUAUUAAGAGAGAAAUUGAUGUGAGACUAGUUGGAAAAGCUGGUAAACGUGCGGUUUUGAUUUUUUUUGACUCAGAAAAAACAUUGAAAGAAUUCUAUGAGUCGCCAGCAUUGUCAUCCAUUAAAGAAUCAGUUGCUAAAUUAACGGAGGAAGCAUCGUCAGAAGAAAAAGAGAUCUUAAUAAAACGUGCAACAGUACCUGGUCAAAUAACUUUACUGACGAGAAUAUUUGGGAGAGGAACUGAUUUCAUAUGUUAUGAUGAAUCUGUCGUCAUGAAUGGUGGUACUCAUGUUAUUCAAACAUUUCUUUCAGAAGAAUCGUCAGAAGAAGUGCAAAUAAAAGGUAGAACAGCGAGACAAGGUGAUUUUGGAUCUUACAGUAUGGUGCUUCUUGAUGCCGACCUAGAGAAAUUUCAUAUUACAAAAGAGAUCAUUGAAGAUGUGAAACGAGGUAAACAUAUUCUAGUUAAAGUAUGGAAUGCUUUUAAUCAACAGAAAACAAUAGAUACCAUAUAUGAACUUCUGGAUACAAUGCGUAUCGAGUUAUUCAAAACACAGUAUGAGACUAAUAGAAAGCAUGUUGAACAUGCAAAAGAAAAACAUCAGGUUGCCCAGAAAUUUUUAUCUAAUCUUUAUUCUGGAGACAUUAAUUCUGUUCGAGAAUUUUUAGUUGAAGAAAAUAAAGGAGCUGAUCUGAAUUCAGAAUCGCGAACUGUUUGUCUAAUGGAUGCAACUGGUUCAAUGGUUCAUUUAUUGAAUAGUUGUAAAAACACCGUGAGCACUAUGUUUGAGCGUGCUUCUGAAAUUUUAAAAACUAAUAACAUCAGUUCGGAAUCAUUUCAAAUUCAGUUCGUUGUAUAUCGAAACUACAAUAGCGAAGAAGAUAAAAUUCUGCAAGCAUCUCCUUGGGAAAAAAAAUCAGAUAAUUUACGAAAGUUCAUGAAUAAUAUUGAUAUCGAAGGUGGUUGGGGCAACGAAGCCAUUGAGAUUGGUUUAUGGUACGCAAAUAAAGAAUACGAGCGAGAACCAAUCACACAAGUCAUUUUGAUAGGUGAUGCACCUCCAAAUACGAAAACCGAGGUGCAAUCGAAGAGAAACCAUUUCGGAGAAAAUUACUGGAAAAAUACGAAAUUUGCAAAUGCCACUUACUACGAAGAUGAAUUAGCAAAAUUGAUACUGAAAAAUAUUCCAGUUCACGGAUUUUUUGUCGACGCAAGAGCAGAAAAAAGCUUCAAAGAGAUUGCUACCAAAUCACGAGGACGUUCCGAAAAGUUAGAUAUAAAUUCUCCCGCAGGCUCGCAAAUGUUAACAGAUUUGGUGACUGAAGAGAUCUUGAGGAAUGUUGGGGGAGCUCGAAAUGGAGAUGCUCUUGUUGAAGCAUACCGAUCUAAAUUUGGAAAAAGCUAUAAGAAUUAA